CUGCUUUCCUGGCUCGCUGGAACGUUCAAAGUGGAUCGAGGUUUGCGGCGGAGCAUUGAGGACGUAGGAUGUCUUCGGCACCUCAGCCUCCAGAUUUACAACAUGAAGCACCAAAAGAGAAAGAUUAUCGAACUCCAGGACUCCGAAGUGUCCGAACCACUACUCUGUUCCGUGCUGUGAACCCAGAACUUUUCAUUAAACCCAACAAAGCAGUUAUGGCUUUCGGGCUUGUAACGGUUACUCUUUGCGUAGCCUAUAUUGGAUACUUGCAUGCGCAACAAGAGAAUAGAAAGGAUCUCUAUGAAGCUAUUGACAGUGAGGGAAACAGACAUAUGAAGCGCAAGACUUCCAAAUGGGACUAAGGAAACGGACCGCUAACACAGGGUGUGUAUGUGCCAACAUGGAAGGAGACAGAAAUAAUUGGUGCAUGUGAUUUUCUGAAUUAUGACUCUCAGGAUUUUGUGUGGAGAGCCAACAUUUCCCUGUGCAAUAACGCAUGGGUGGUUUUUUGUGUUUUUUGAAACGCAGUAUAAUUUAAUCAGUAUAAAAUGCUAAUGCCUGUACAUACUCUGAAUAAAAGCUAGCAUUAUUAAGGAAAAUAUUGCAAUAUGUGUAACUUUCUGUGUUGCAGACACCAUGGUAAUAAUUGCCUUUGGGAUUUCGGUACUAGCUCAUCAGCCU